UUAAGCACAUUUCCAUACAACCCAAUGUUGAUUUGAGUUUCCAUUUCAGUCCUUCAGGCACUGAGAUACCAACUACUCCAGGAAAAUUACAAGGUAGUUUUGUACCGAAAAAAGAGAAAAGAAAUUAGUGAAAGAGAACAAGAUGAAAGUCUACAUUUUUUCCAUGACAGUUGUUCUGGUUUCACGUUUGAGGAGUGCUGCAAAUGGGAUGGAGGAAAUAAACAGUGGCAGUAAGACGACAGCCGAACCUGAGCAUGAACUUUACCAACUCCAAGAUGUUUCCGAUGACUGCAGACAUAACCCUUGUAGAAAUGGUGGCACAUGUUUCAGUGGAUGUGAUCAAUGUUCUCAUCGCUGCAUUUGUCCUGAACAAUUCAUGGGGAAAAACUGUGAAGUUGCCAAAUGUUUUGAUGACACUCUCUAUGAAUACUUUGAGAUUGGAGAAAGCUGGGCCACAAUCCACCAAGGCCUAGUGCAAGCGUGCACGUGUGUCAACAGCACAACCAGCUGCCAUCCGGAACAGUAUACAGACUGCCCCUCGGACCCCUGCCUCCACGGCCGCUCUUGCAAAAGGAUCCUCGCCUCGAACAGCAUCGUCUGCGCCUGCAGCCGCCUUUUCAGAGGGAGAUUCUGCAACAUGGCUCCUAGUCAAACCUGCUAUUCUGGUAACGGGACCAACUACAAGGGCCUUGCCCAGAAGACCAUUGCUGGGGACCAUUGUCUCCCGUGGAGCUCUGAUCUCUUUUACUACGGCCUUCAAGCAAACACGGUGCAGCUGGGACUGGGAUCACAUUCAUACUGCCGAAGCCCAGAUGAGGACGAACGGCCGUGGUGCUAUGUCAUCAGGGAUGGCGGGCUCUCUUGGGGAUACUGCAAUAUUUCAUUAUGUGAAGGCAGGCGGAGAACGCCGCCGCCGCCGCCGCCGCCAGAAGUCUCGGAUGAGUUUGCCGCUGCCAGGAGGUCGUGCGGGAAGAGGCACAAGAAGCAGAAAUUCGUGAGACCCAGGAUCAUAGGCGGAGCGUCUGCCUUGCCAGGAUCCCAUCCCUGGCUGGCCACCAUAAACAUCGGGAAAAAAUUCUGCGCUGGGAGCCUCAUCCGCUCUUGCUGGCUGGUGACAUCGGCGCACUGCUUUGCCAACAGCCCACUGACCUCAACUAUUCAUGUUGUUUUGGGACAACAUUUUUUUAAUAAAACAACAGAUGUUACUCAAGAAUUUAAGGUAGAGAAGUACAUCAUGCAUCCCGACUACACAGUGUUCAACCCAACUGAAAGUGAUAUUGCUUUAGUUAAACUCCAGAGAUCCAAGCAACACUGCGCAGUGAGAUCCCGAUUUGUUCAACAGAUCUGCCUGCCAGAAGCUUCAAUGUCCUUUCCAGAUCAUUAUAAAUGCCACAUUGCCGGAUGGGGACACUUGCGUGAAAAUUCAUCCAGCUACUCCAGCGUGGUGCAAGAAGCAUUAAUUCCGAUUAUCCCAGAUUACAAGUGUCAGAACUCUGAUGUUUACGGAGCUGAAAUCAGUGAAAAUAUGUUCUGUGCUGGUUACCUUGAUGGCAGGUCGGAUGCUUGCCAGGGAGACUCGGGAGGUCCUCUGGCCUGUGAGAGGGACGGAGUGUUUUACCUCUAUGGCAUUAUCAGCUGGGGCGAUGGCUGCGGCAAGGCCAUGAAGCCGGGUGUUUACACGAAAGUGACAAAAUACGUCAACUGGAUUAACCAAGAGAUACAGCCCGUGCCAAAAGGAUAAGUCGGGCUUCUUAUAGGGACGGAUUGCCUUCGCGUGCUACCAACAUCACAACUUCCGUAGUCCCUGUUUAUAAUACGAAGUGCUAUUUCUACUGAAUGUUUCUUUUCCUGGUGCUGCAAAACUAGAGAAAACAGACUUCAAAAUCCAAGGCGCCCUGCAAGGAGGACCGACGUCCGUGUCCGUGGCCCACUUCCGUGCUGUGGCGCCCGCAGGCCUCCCCUUCUCGAUGGACUUCCGAUGUGCAGCGCAGGAAAGGUCAGCUUGGCUGGUCCUCUCACUGGUCAUCUUGGGGACGUGGACUGGGGCAGCUUCCAAACCCAAACCCAAACUCAAUAGAAUAAACCCCAGGAACAAACAUAUUGAUUUAGGACCAUUUAUGUAUAAUGGAUCAAUUAAAAAGAUGGUUCUUUUUUUAAUUAAAAAGGGAUAUAACAAAUGAUCUUUACAAAGCAAUAUUACAAGAUACCCAUAUCAAAUUUAAAAAGACAUAAACAUACAAAAUAAUAUUUAAAAAAGACCAUUUACAGUCAUGAACAAACUCAUAUAUGCCUUGAAGAAGGAGAACAAGAUUAAAGAGGCCCUCCGUUUCGCUUUGGGCACCGAGUUCUGUUCUUAACACUUCCAGCUCUGAGCUUUGGAAAGCUGCCCCAUCACUCUGGAAUAUAAACAUUUAUUUCAAAAACCUCACCGGUCAAAAUCAAUGAGGUCCAGAGUUCCUUUUUAAUGGCUGCAUUUUUCUGUCCCCCUUGGGGCUCUGCUCCCCCCAGAGCAAUCCUCCUUUACCUUCCUUGUUUGAAAUGGCAUAGCCACCCCUGCGCCACCUACCCAGGUUCACGCUGCUACCUUCUUAGGUCCCGUGCCCAUCUCCUUAAGUCUGGACAGGGGGAGCCGCAUCUGCACGAACGCAAGUACUCUUUCUCAGGACUGUCUUGGGGCUGCUGGUCUAGACCAGACAGGGGUGAGGUCACUUCCUGGAGGUCGUGGCCGUUGCGUCUUCCUCGGCAGCUCAGCGGAGGUCUCAACGGCCAAGCCUUGGCUUCAGCGAGCGAGAAGCACCGUGCAGUGCCAACGUCUUUACACACUAAUUAGCUCUGAGGAGGGGUUUGAGUUUUCUCACUACUGCUCACCUUCACUAUUUCUCAGCUGUGUUUUCAGAUCUCUCAUACAAUCUUUCUCUAGCAAAGCGUUCUUCUCAAACAUUUUACUCCAUCUCUAUUUCGGGUCUGGCACCCAGUCGUUACUAACAAUGAUUUUGCCCAGAGGGGCUCCGCUCACGCUUUCUUUCCCUGACAAUCCAGAGGAAAUUAUAGCCGGGGCGGGGGGGGGGAUGGAUGGCUACUGCUGUCUCUUUUCUGCCUUCACACAAAGGGUUACAACCCGGCUCAGAGUACCUGUGUGCGGAUCGGUUGCUCAUGUGCCAUCAAGGGGGUGUCAGGUCUUGCGAUCAGAAGGCAGAGCUUCUCCAGGAUGAAACUGUAUCUGGACAAAUCUUCCAAAGAAGCCCGUGGAGAGAGGCCACAUCCAGAUUCCACACUCUCUACCCCUCAUUCUUUCAAAUAGGAACCCAUUUACGAGUAAGAGGAUGUGGCAGAGGAGAAUGGGGAAAAGAUCUGGUCUCCCUCCCACUGCGGUUGCUGUUGGCCCUCAACCCUCUCCUCUUCCUGCUGCCUGAGGGUCUCGCCCUGCUCCAUCUUCUGACAGACUUGAGAACCCAAAUGCCCACGCUGAUUUAGUUAAUACAUUUAUUGAGUCGAUUUCUUACGGUUACUUUCUAUACAUGACUUUUUAUUAUUCUACUGCGUGAACACUUAUCCUUUUGAAAAUGUUGUGCAAUGUUAAAAGUCCCUUAAUACAUAUGUGUCAAAUACGUAAGAGUUGUUGUCUGCCUGUGUUAAUAACAGACAUUCAGCUGCCUACAUUCAUUAUUAGGGAAUAAGUUUCUAGCGAUCAGGAGGAGGACCAGGAGAUACCUCAAAUAUGCGUGAAAGAGGCCUUUUAGACUCGGUGGCUCAGUGUGAGAACCUACUUCCAGCCCUCCAGACGGAGGCAGGGCUCCAGCCUCCCCCGGCAAGGCUGCUCUUGCGACAACAGGCAGGGGUGUCCCUUGAGCUUGGUCCUCUGUCAUUGACUUUGGGGCGGUUACUGGCUGGGUUAGCUUCUGCUCCUUACAGUCCAGCCAGUAACUCUUACUUUUCUCUUCUGGGUUGAAGCAUGGACACGUCUUCCUUUAUGCGCUGAGAUGAAUGUCCAAUGCACUGCUGCAUAGUCCCAUCCAUCCGUCCCUGUCUUCUAUUUCUUGUGGCCCCGUAUUACCCCCACCCCCUUACGGGAAGGGUUUCUCCUUAGCCCCUCUUCAGUUUCAGCCUCUACCCAGCUACGCCCGGUCUACAGAGAGAACAUUUAUACCUCCCCUUAUUCUUCCAUCAUGGGCUUUGCUCUCAACUCAACCUGUCCAGGCCCCGACCAGACACAGUAUGGCAUGUCUGCGUAUUCCAAACCCAACAACUGAGCUUCUUUUGGUAUUUUCGUAAUAUCAUUGAUUUGGUGCCAUCAUUCCAAAUUCAGUCCAAUUCUUUUAUUCACACAAAUUCAACUAGAAAAUCAAACUAUGGGAUUUUUGGUCAGCAUAAACUGAAGAUUUAAUAUCCAUUUCACUUAUUGUUAUCACUGAUUGUGAUAUGACCCAGAAUAUUUUUUUCUUAAAUUCAAAUAAUGAAGUGUAAAGAAAAUUUAUAAUUUUAGAAUGGGAUGAAAAUGCCUUCACAUUAUAUUUAAAAUAUAAAUAAAGUUUCUGUCUCUCUUAAAUGUCUUUUAAAACUAACCAUAUUUUAGUAUUUAUACUUUGGGAAAGAACUAUACCUUGUACAACAGAACAUAAUAAAUACAUUUGUUGCAUAUAAUAGUUCUCAUGUAUUUUUUCACAUACUACAGUAUUUGCAAGUACAAGAGCAACCUUCCUUUAGAAUUCCAUACUUAUUUUUCCCAGCGGUAUGUGAUCAUUCAAUGUAUUUAGUUAUCCUUUGAGAGAUCCUGGAGUCUCAGGUGAAGGCAAGUGGAUUAGAUGGGGAACGCCCGGCUCAUGGCAGAGAGGAAACCAGCAGGCCUGGUCAGCGAUUCACUCCCUGAUCUUCUGGGGGUGGGUGGUGGGGGGAAUCUCUAGAUACCUCCUGCUUCUCCCGCAGGGAGCAUCGCCGUCUCCAUCUCCUCAGCUCCAGCUUUCCCACCUCUUGUUCAGCACAGUCUCCUGAGAGUCUUGUCCAGGUGUUGAGCUGGACCCCUCUUUUCAGCACGGGCUUGCAGCUGGUGCUUGGACUCCAGCCAUGCAGCCCAUCUUCCGACUCUCUUGCUUCUGGAAGUCGCUUUGUUCAUUCACCUUAGUUUUUCUUCAGGCAUGGCUAAGGUUUGUGCUGUUUUCAAGCAGGAAACCAAGCAUGUCAAAGCAUUAGAGCAUGGAUUUUUCAUGAAAGGAGAUUCUUGGAGAUCAGGGUUG